GUAAUUCAACUCUAUGUCAGCCGCUUCGCCUUGCGGAAAUUAUGUGAACGAAGGCGGAAGGACCAUGAUAACUGUGGAUUAUUACGAAGCAAUGAAAGACACCCACUGGAACCCAAAUUUUUCACAACUGGCCUUUAAACUGGCGACCGAGCUCCUAUGGCGUCAACAUUCAAGAACCGGUUUGCUGGCAGAUCUGUGGUCUCUAUCCACGUUGACACCUAUAUGCCGGCCCAGCGUGGAUGCGUCCGUUUUGCCUACCGGGGUCAACAUUUCUGCUUCCCAAGCCCUUCUAGUCGCCAUGGGCAUUGAUUCCUGUGGUUCCAAUAAGCACAAGGCAUGGAAAGAUCGGCACUCUCUUGCACACUCCCCAGAAGAUACAUUGCUCACAGUUAUUCUACGAAAAACGGUGAAUAUUGCGACGCCAACUUUUAACCAUUUGUCAACUAUCGGUCUACCUUUCAAUUUCCAAAACACAUUGGGACUAGAUUCUACUGAUUCACCAACGAUUGCUUUGUUAGGUGAAAAUAGUCAACUGUUGACCUUUCCUUCUCAAUCCCUGUGCCCAUUUCCAUCAACACUGCAAAUGUUCUCCAGAAGCAAUCGUCUGAUGAACAUUUCAGAAUUACUGAAAUGGUGCAUUUCACCUGGUCAAUGUCAUACUCCCAUUUGGCCUCAUCCGGGGCAACUACAAGCCAAUAUCCCUCCAUAUCGGACCCAUGAGAGUCAAUGCAUAAACCUAAGUUCAUCAGGUUAUCCAAAUUUACCAAUUGACUGUGCAUUCCACACUAAUUUAUACCAACCUAAUGUUAUCAAUCAAAUGUCAAACUCAUACAACGAAAUAACGCCUCCAAUCCUGAACCAUAUAUUACAUUAUCCCCUGAAUGAGUGCAAUAGGCUUUCACCCUUCGAAUCAAGCACAAGUAAUUUUUUGUUACCUUAUUUAUAUCCAAUGCACUGCCCCGAUCUACUUCAGUGGGAUGCGGCUGAUCCUUCGGUAUGCAUCUUUGAACCUUUUGCCUAUUUUUCGGGCUCACUCAAUGCCACGAUCCCGAUUGAACUGUGUUCGCAAGCUACUCUGUGUCGCGUCGAGAUUCUGGUGGUGAAAGAUGAAGCGAAAACACGGUUUAUGUGCCCGUCCUGCGCUAGGCAAUGGACUUCCAUGAAAGGCUCAAUAACAUUUGUGGUCUUGCUCUCCUACUUCGCUGUUGGUCCCAUACGAGUUGGCAGCUGGCCGAUUCAGCCUGGUGCGAACGUGUUCUUCGAGCUAUGCCCGCAAUCGUGUGGAGAGUGCGACAUGCUGUGUCAACCGAAAUGGUAUCCCGAAGAGAUACAAAAACCAGCCCAAAUAUCGCAAGAGGUGCUAAGAAACCUCUUUGUUCGUAUACAUGAGAAAUUCUACCGAAAUAUCAUCCCCUGGGAUGACCACUGGGACCACAACCGCAGAGAUGGACAACCCACUGGACCACAUGAUAUCCUCAAGUGCUUUGCUUGCCGCAGUGGAGAACGCCGAGGUAUCGCCCCCCUUAAUCAUUCUGCAGGGAGCAAGUCGAGAGCAUCGGUGACUAUGAGCGCUUCACCUGUGGCAUCCAAUCUGAACAUGGACGCAGCAGGCAGUAGAAUGAGCAGUCCUAACGGACAACAGUGUUGCAAAAAAAGAAGUACAAUUGCGGGCUCAAAAUAACAGUUAUAGGAGUGGAAUUAGGCGAUGAAGUACACUGGGAUGUUAACUUAUCCCACUUGAAAAGCAUGCGAUUGACACUUCCUUUAAAGAAAACAAAAUUUUGUUCUUGCAUAUACUGAAACAUUUUCCCCAUGAGUUGCCCCCCAGAAAAACAACCUUAUCAAAAUACUUUUGCACGUCGCAUUCAAGCCUCAAAUAGAACAACUUUGCAUAACGAAAUACAAG